AUGAAUGGGCCAAUUUACCACCAAUCAUGGCAUGUGCAACUUGUAUGGCCGUUCAACUUUUAUUUGAAUGUUCCGUCAGAUUCGAUUGCAAACAAGUUUGCGACUCUUGUCUCGAUUCCUAUCAUCAUGUUUGGCUGCAUCGUUGCUGGACGACUGUAUGCUUUUGAGCUGCAAGAUGCUGCCUCUAUUAAUCAUCUGGUUGUCUUUCUCAUCGGCACUGCGCCUUUUCCUCCAGGAUAUGCUGCUACAGUCCAUUUUUUAUGGCCAUCUACUGCCAACCCCGUAUGGACACUGCUGGGUCACAUCUCUAAUGAAAAACCAUCUGCUAUUUUUAAACUCGGUGGUAAAAAAUCCACAACCAUAUCUAAAUCUAUGGAUACCUUGAUGGACGAUUCAGAUUCUUCACCCUUUAGCAAUGUCUCGACCAUUGUGGCAAAGCUGGGUAUUUCUAUCGAGCCAAUCGAUCAGGUUAUGGCACAGGUUUCUACCCUGCCGUCUGGAAGUCAUUCUUUGAGUGCUGAUUUGGAUACGAGCAUGGCAGUUGUUUCCAGAGGUUCUAUUGUUGGCUCACUCAGACCCGGUGACGCAGAAACAAUUGCAAACAAGCUUCUUGAAAAUCUGUAUAAUUACUGCUGCAGUUUUGCUGGAAAUAUGCCAAUGGGAGGAACAUCUAUGUUUGGACUAGACUGGGGAACAACAUUCAUACCACUCAAGGCACUGCACGACUGGUACUUGACAACACAGCGUCGGAUCAAGGCAGACCCCACCUUUUUAAAAUAG